AUGUUUGUCGAUUGACGACGGCACAUUUGUGUCGUGUAAAUUAUAAUAAUAAUGCAUGCUAUGUUAUAUACGGCCAUGCAUUUUAUAUUUAUCCGUUAGUAGGGCGUUGUAUUUAUCCCAUUUGCUGUUUUCUAUGUUUCAUAAAUGAUAGCCAAAUUAUAUGGCCUUGAGUGAAAUUUAUUGUCAUCUGUUCAAUUAUAUGCCUAAUGAAAUAGGUAAUAAGUCAUUUUUAGCUAUUCCCUUUUUAUAACAAUAAAUCGAUUGAAUAUGUUCCUUGUUGGGUUAACUGGAGGCAUUGCAACUGGUAAGAGCACAGUUUCCAAGCUAUUUCAAGAUGAAGGAGUUCCAGUUGUGGAUGCUGAUGUCAUUGCCAGAAAAGUGGUGGAGCCGGGCCGGGCCGCGUGGCACGACAUCCGCAGGGUGUUCGGGCCGUCCAUGUUCCUGGAGAAUGGCGAGGUGGAUCGCGUGGCGCUCGGCCGGCUCGUCUUCAGCGACGAACAGAAGCGGCGCCAGCUCAACAAGAUCACGCACAACAGGAUACAGCGGCUUAUGAUCUGGGAGACGCUCAAACUGCUCUGUCAGGGCCAUCAGUUUGCGAUCCUUGACAUGCCACUGCUCUUCGAGAGUGGUGCAGCCGUGGAUUAUAUGGAGAAAAUCAUCGUUGUGUCAUGCGAGGAGGACAUCCAGCUGUCACGGCUGAUGGAGCGCUCCGGGCAGAGCGAGGACGAGUGUCGCCGACGGAUCGACUCGCAGCUGGCGCUCAGCACCAAGCGCCAGCACGCGCACUUUGUCAUCGAGAACUCGGGCUCUCGGCUGGAGACUGCGCAGCAGGUGCGCCGCGUGCUGUCUGUGCUGCGCACGAACCGCGCGCACUGGCGACUGCGCGGCUCGCUGCUGCUGCUCGUCAUAGGCUGCGUGUCACUCACACUCUGGGUCAUGUGGCAGCGUAGUCUGAACCACGGCUAAGUCCUGCUGAAAGUCAGUGUCCACUGCCCAGUGGGGUCGCCGACCUGGCCCAGACCAGUGUUAGUGUGAUGAGAUCACGUAGAGAAUGCAUGGCGAUAGACGGUCAGAUGAACGGUUUGAUGACGGUUCCGCGAUGCUUGGAUGUGUUGAGGAAGUGGCGUUUUUAUGUGAAGUGUUGCGAUCUGCGGGGUCGAUAUGCUGGCGAUUUGAGGCAUUUGAGCUUGGUAGAACGGGACAGUAGUGUUUGUCAGUAUAUUUUUCGUUAUUAAGUGUCAGUGCAAUUAUUUGAAUCAUCUCAUUUUUUUGUGUUUCGUCGUUUUACCGCAUUCUGGGCUGCUUGAGUCGAUCAUUUACCUACGUCGUGCAUCUUUAUCUCACAAGGCAUGAGAAUGGAUUGGGCGUUGUACAUCGACAGAAAUGUUUGGUGCCAUCAUAAUGUUUUAUACUUGCUGCAUAAUGUUGAAGUCUUAUCACAGCUCUUGCCAUUUUUGUUUCUCCUUCGGGUAUCGCAAUUAGUCAUGGGACCCAGCAAAGUGUGUUAGUUUGCCUUUGCACAUAUACUCCGAUAUCAACAUAUGUCUUCUUAUCGGAAGACUCCGUCCUGCACGGCUAUAUUGCGAAGCAGGGACGUCUUCCCCUCUGUGGACAGCACUUCGGUCAGAGCUGCGCCUCGCUGUGAUUUGAGGCGUCUCUGCUGCGUUCAUGUGAUUGGACAUAUGUGAUGGCGUCUGCUCAGGUCGCUGUAUCUCAGAACGAAGUUUUGUGGUCUCUGGCUGACUGGGCGUGUAAAGAUGAGCCGCUGAUGCACUUUGCCAUUUGAUAAAUAUAUACUAUCGAUAAAA